UCCCAAAAGUAAUGCUUGCACUUUGCAUUUACCGUAAAUAAACUAUGUUAGCUACAGCUGUGCUGAUGGAAAAGUACUUAAUGUUUUGUCUCAAGUGGCUUCUCAUUGCAUGGGAAUGUUAGCUAUUUAGCUGUGGGUCGCCAUCGUAGGGUGCCAUAAGGCAGACCAGCGUUUAUUUACAUGAUACUCUGUCCAUUAUCGUAAAAGGACUAGGGUAGACUAAAAGAUCAAAGUUUAAUACUUACCUUAUUGAUUUGGUCAUCUGUGGUCUUGUGGAUACUGGAUCGUGGUGCUGUAACGUGUAAUGUUGUAACUGUGCAUGGGCAGACAAAAUGUGAAACGGUGGAACCUGAUCGCGGAACUGGACUGGCUGUAGCACUCCGUCCUAACAAGAUCGCAAAAACUCCAUCUACCAUUUGUGUUCCAGCUGAUAGAAUUCAUAAUUUGGAUUGGGCAUCGGAAGGCCGAAGAACACGUUUACUGGACAAUGGAGCAAAACUCCUGAUGCAUUCAUUUGGUGGUUAAGCACUCCAGCCUUAUUGAAAUCAGGUUCAUUACACGGGGAACGCUCGCGUUUUGGUCUUGACGACUUUGAAGUGGCACGCAGUUCACAAAAGAAGACCUCAGAAUGCCGAUUUUUCACGGUAAUCAACCUGCAGAUGAAUCCGAUAUGUUAGAUAUUCGCAUUAAGGCCGCGUACAACGGCGAUGUAUUUAUUACGUACAUUCAGCCGAAUAUUUCGUUGGGUGGUCUACACGAUGAAAUCAGAGGAAUCUGUCGGUUUCCAGCAGACCAAGUGUUUACUGUAAAGUGGUUAGAUGAAGAAGGUGAUGCAUGCACAAUUUCAUCUCAGACCGAAUUGGACGAAGCCGUUCGAUUAUUUGAAGUUAAUAAAGAACAGGAAAUAGUUCUUCACAUAUUUCCUUCAAUUCCGGAAAGGCCCGGCAUGCCUUGCCCUGGAGAAAACAAAAAUAUGUACCGUCGCGGAGCUCUCCGACGCAAUUUAAAAGAGUACCAUGUCAACGGACACGUUUUUCGCGCAAAGCGUUUUAAUCGACGAGCAUUCUGUGCUGUUUGCUCCGAUAGAGUUUGGGGGCUGGGACGACAAGGAUUCAAAUGUCUUAAUUGCAAACUUAUGGUGCACAAGAGGUGUCAUAAACAGGCUCGUAUGCCUUGUGAAAUUCGUCCUAAUGAUACGGAAUCGAAGUCACUGGAUGCUUCUUUUUCUGAAAGUAAUCAUCGUUCCUUGAUUAUAACGAACGCGCAUACGGAUUCGAAGCGUGCUAGUGAAGUGUCGCAUUCCUUAAGUGUUCGCCCUUCCUCGAAUAACAUUCUUCGUCAGAAGAACAAUGCAGAGCCGAUUAUUUUAAAUGGUUCUCCACAAGCAGUCGAUUUACCAGGCUUUCCAAAACAUGGCGAAGACGCUGCGGGGGAUACUCGUGCCUUGUCUUUAGAUGAUUUCGAACUGAUUAAAGUAAUUGGACGCGGAAGUUAUGCAAAAGUGCUGGCGGUGGAACUGAAGAAGACUGGCCGUCCGUACGCCAUGAAAGUCAUUAAGAAGGAGCUCAUUAAAGAAGACGAAGAUAUAGAAUGGGUGCAGACAGAAAAGCAUGUUUUCGAAACAGCAUCGAAUUAUCCAUUCUUGGUUGGUUUGCAUUCAUGUUUCCAGACUCCUAGCAGAUUGUUCUUCGUGAUCGAGCUUGUGACUGGUGGCGAUCUCAUGUAUCACAUGCAAAGACAAAGGAAAUUACCCGAAGAACAUGCUAAAUUCUAUGGCGCGGAAAUCACACUGGCUUUGAAUUACUUGCACAAAAAAGGGAUAAUAUAUCGUGACUUGAAACUAGACAAUGUCCUUCUUGAUCAAGAUGGACAUAUUAAACUAACAGAUUAUGGCAUGUGUAAGGAAGGAAUUCUCACACCGGAAGACCGAGCGGAAACAUUUUGCGGCACUCCGAAUUAUAUCGCACCGGAAAUCCUUAAAGGACAACCGUACACUUUUAGUGUUGAUUGGUGGGCCCUUGGUGUUCUCCUUUACGAAAUGAUGGUUGGCAAGUCCCCGUUUGAUGUUAACCAGCAGGGUGCUGAAAAUCCAGAUCAGCAGACUGAAGACUAUUUGUUCCAGGUUAUACUUGAGAAAACAAUUCGUAUUCCAAGGACAUUGCAAAUUGAAGCGGCCAAUGUGCUUAAAGGCUUUCUGAAUAAGAUACCCGAAGACAGAUUAGGAUGUCACCCGCAGACUGGGUUUGACGAUAUCAAACAUCACGCUUUCUUUCGGAAAAUUGACUUCGAAGCGUUGGAAAAGAAACAGAAAAUACCGCCGUUUAAGCCCAAGGUGCAGAGUGCACUCGAUCUGCAUAACUUCGACCCACAAUUUACCGACGAGCCGGUUCGGCUAACGCCCGAUGACCCAUCAAUUAUCGACGAAAUUGAUCAAUCGGAAUUUGAAGGAUUCGAAUAUGUGAAUCCAUUGCUCAUGUCCGCUGAGGAUCCUGUUUAGAUUUCCUGCUGUCCUCUUUUCUGGAGUCGGUGCUCCAUCGCUUCUGUCUGGUGGAUGCUUGUUCUUCUCCCAUUUUGCGAACCAAAGAACUUUUUUUACCGUCUGGCAGCUGUUUUGAGCUAUGUUUUAAUAUUGUCGGUAGUUUCAAUUUUAUCGGAAAUUUUGAAUCUUUUGAAUAUAUUUCUAUUGACAAUGCCGUUACGCUUCAAGCCCGGUUUUGUAUUCCUGCCUUUUUUAAUCGUCUUCCUUUGCCUGAAAAUACCGCCUUUUUAAACUAUUUUUUUGUUUGGUUUUAUGAAUUCGCUUUGUAACUUCAUUAUAUGGCUUUUGCUACGAGUACAGUUUUAUCUUUAUUGUUAGACAAAUAGCAUGGUGUUACAAUAAAUAACGCAUUGA